GGCGUCUUCUCGGUUUCAUGUAGUUAAACCAUUCAGCCCUUGAGCACACUUUCAAUUUCGUUGAGGUGAACGCUGUAGAAGGCUGUCGAACACGUUAGGCCCUUCGCGCGGGGUCCAUCCGCAUCUUCUUUCCGCCAAAGAAAUAUCCCAGAUGCCUAAAUAAAUUGCAGCACAACGUGCUUCACUGCCAUUUCAUGUAGAAACCCCGUCACUCCACAUCCCGAACUUCCUCGAAACACGAAAGUAUCCACAAAACAUGAACGACCCACGGCUUAACAACCUCUUCAAGUGGGGUGUCGAGAAUUCUGAUGCGUCUCGAAACGAUCCAACAGCGAACACAGGUUCACGAACCCAGCUGGAUCCCGAGGCCCUGAAGCAAGUUCUAUUCCCAAGCUCGGGUUCUGGACAAGGCCCACGAUCAGACCCAGAAUGGAUGACACACUACAUGGACGUUGUCUCAAAUAAGGACCCCACGGCAACUGAGAAAGCCCAAGCUCUCGAGCAUUUUGAAGAACUCAUCGCGAACUUGGACAACGCGAAUAGCAUGACAUUAGCCCAUUGGAACGCAUUGGUGGAGGAAUUGAAGAACGAGGAUCGAGACGUAAGAUUGUGGGCUGCCUGGUGCUGUGACACAGCGGUUCAAAACAACGUCAAAACUCAAGAGCGGCUUCUCGGGGUCGGGGCUAUUCCAGUCCUGUCGAAAAUGGCAACAGAGGAUAAAGACAAGGAUGUUCGGAAGAAGGCCAUCAAAGCACUCUCCUCCGCCGUGACAAAUUUCCAGCCUAGCCUAGAUGCAACCGUUGAUAAUAUGCCUGCCGAAUUCAGACCAAGCGGAAAGCUCGACGCCAGCGACAUGGACUCUGUGAAUACGUUGAUAGGGAAGCUGCGAGACAGCAACAAAUAGAGCCGGGGUUGCAUUUGGGGUUGGCGUUCCGGUAAUAGGAAUUGAAUCGGCCUAGAUCAGAUCUCUCGACGGCCAUGUUCUUGUCUUCGGACCAUUCUCCGCUAUCCUGUGCACCAUUGCAUUGGACGAAGGUCUCACAGGCUUUAGAGCACUUCGAGAACCAAGCCCAUAAGCUCACUAAACUCCUCUCUGCCACUCAUAUUUCUUUCCAGGCCCAUGCCCAAGACGACCAUUCUCUUCUCGCUCGAGUUCUUCGUCAAGACCGCACUCGCUAUCUGCGUAGCCAAUGUUUGACCUAGCACUUCCAGCUCAGGGAUAGUACCACCAAGGAUAGUCGUGGCGGU